AGAGAGAGAGAGAGAGAGAGCUAGAGAACCAGGGAUAGACAGUGACGCUUCAAGUACAAUAAUUAGAUUCAAUGGACGAAAUGCUGCUGUUGAGAAUUACGCUUGUGUGCUUGAUCUGCUGCUCUUUGGUGUCCUCUGGGCUGGCUUGUGGGCCAGGCAGGGGCUAUGGAAGGAGAAGGCACCCGAAGAAGCUGACUCCUUUAGCCUACAAGCAGUUCAUCCCCAAUGUGGCCGAGAAGACCCUUGGGGCCAGUGGCAGAUAUGAAGGGAAGAUCACAAGAAACUCGGAGAGGUUUAAGGAGCUGACUCCCAAUUACAAUCCUGACAUUAUAUUUAAGGAUGAAGAGAACACUGGGGCUGACAGGCUCAUGACACAGAGAUGCAAAGACAAGCUGAAUUCUCUCGCCAUUUCAGUGAUGAACCAGUGGCCAGGGGUAAAGCUGAGGGUCACGGAAGGCUGGGACGAGGAUGGGCACCAUUCUGAAGAAUCUCUUCAUUAUGAGGGGAGAGCCGUGGACAUCACUACCUCUGACAGAGACAGGAGCAAGUAUGGCAUGCUAGCCAGGCUGGCAGUGGAGGCUGGAUUCGACUGGGUCUACUACGAAUCCAAAGCCCAUAUCCAUUGCUCUGUUAAAGCAGAAAACUCUGUCGCUGCUAAAUCUGGAGGUUGCUUCCCCGGGUCAGCUUCGGUAAUUCUGCAGGAUGGGAGAAACAAGCUGGUCAAAGAUCUCAAUCCUGGAGAUAAAGUGCUGGCCGCCGAUGACCAAGGGAACCUAGUCCUCAGUGACUUUAUGAUGUUCAUAGACAAAGACCCCGAAUCCAGAAGAGUUUUCUACGUGAUUGAAACGGAGGAGCCCCACAAGCAGAUCGCCCUCACUGCAGCUCACCUCCUCUUCGUUGCCGACAGCAACACCACCGCUGGUUUUCAUUCCGUCAAAGCAACAUUUGCUAGCAAAGUUAAACCCGGCCAGAGGGUGUUCAUAACUGAAGGCGUCGGCAACCAAGUGAAACCUGUCGCGGUGAAAAGGAUUUAUUUGGAAGAGUAUGAAGGUUCCUUUGCCCCCGUCACCGCCCAGGGAACCAUUGUGGUGGACCAGGUAUUGGCCUCUUGCUACGCUGUAAUAGAAGAGCACAGAUGGGCUCACUGGGCCUUUGCACCCCUACGAAUCUCCUACGGGGUCGCGUCUUUGUUGUUUUCUAAAGAACAUUUAAACACCAACAGCACCGUACAAGACAACGGUGUCCACUGGUACUCCAACGCGCUGUAUCAAAUAGGGACUUGGGUCUUGGAUAAGGGCUCGUUUCACCCACUUGGGAUGUCAAUAAACUCUAGUUGAAAUAGCGAAAUAAAAAAACAAACUGAAAAAUAAAACAGAAAAAAACGAACUAAGACUUUUAUUUAGAACAAAACACGAACGUAGAACUAAAGAGACCCCAAGAAGUUCUGGAAUAUUUAUUUCACUGACAUUUAGUGUCUCUUUAAAAAUAAUAAUAAAAAAGAAUACAUGGACCUUC